AGGCAGGUGCACAACUGCGCGUAGGAUUUUGCUGUCAACUAUUUUUUUCCUUCAACAUUUCUAGGAAUGUCGUCGUAUUGGAAUGGAGUUUGGAAUGGUUAUGAUUGGGAGAAGAGUUUCACAAUGUGAACGUUUGUUUCGUUUGCAUUUCUGGAGAGGUUUCACAGGCGAACAUGUUUUGCGCCAAACUGAAGGAGCUUAAAAUUUCGGGAGAGUGCCCGUUCUCUAUGGUGGUAGAGAAUGAAGAAGCGGGGGAUUUUGAGGAGAGCGCGAGGGACCGUAGCGACGAUGUUCUGCCUAUAUCUAAAGAGGUGCAUGGCAAUAUCGCGAACAUUUUACCUAAACGGAAAACAAGCAAAAGCAAAGUUAAUCUCCACGCGCUCGGAGAAUGCAUCCGAAAAUUAGUGUGUCCUGAGUUUGAAAGACUGCGAGGUGCAUUCGUCAGAGUGAUGAACCAGCACUCAGACAACUCCUGCCCUGUAAUGUGUAACACUGAAGUCUGUGAGGAGAGAGCGUUUGAAAAGCCAGAGCACCUCGUAGACAUAAUGAAGAACUAUUCUCUCAAAACAGGUAUUCACAUGGACGUGCUGAAGACUUCACUGGGCCUGGAGGUAUUCAGGGACUGUUAUGAGGAGGAGGGCCAGAUUCUGGGUGUGGUUGGAGGAGCUCUGCACGAUUUUCUGAACAGCUUCAACGUCCUCUUAAAACAGAGCACGCCUCCCACCCCUGAGAGCCAGAACCACCUCCGCCAAGCCUCUGUUCUCUGUUUGGACAAAGACCCUGGGCUCCUCACUGUCUACUACUUCAACCCCCACUGCACCACAGAGCUCUUCUUCCCUGGGAUCAUACAGGCUGCCGCCGCCUUGCUCUACCACACGCGCGUGGAGGUACGGAUGGAGGUGGGGGCCGGUGACGCUGCCGUGCAGGCCAACGAACAGCCUCACCUGCUGUACUCGGUGUCUGUGAGGGACGCCAAAACCCUGACCCCCAGCCCCAUGCGAACGCACUCGUCCGGACACAUCCCCCUCUCUCUCCUCUACACCACCUUUCCCUUCCACAUCCUGCUGGAUCAGGACAUGGCCGUGCUGCAGAUGGGCGACGGUCUGCGGCGGCGUCUCGGUCGCCGGGACGCCCAGCGACGCCCGGCCUUCGAAGAGCACUUCUCCAUCGUGUCCCCGGAGAUCUGCUGCACCUUCCAGAGCAUUCUCACCAUGCUCAACACGCAGUUCAUUCUGAGGGUCCGACACGGCACCUCCGCAGGUCACGGCUCCGCAAAGCUGAUGGAUCUGAAAGGUCAGAUGAUCUUCAUGUCUGAGUGUAACGCUGUGCUGUUCCUGGGCUCUCCGUGUGUCGAUAAACUGGAGGAGCUGACCGGGCGUGGCCUCUACCUGUCCGACAUCCCCAUCCACAACGCCCUGAGGGACGUGGUUCUGGUCGGGGAGCAGGCCAAGGCUCAGGACGGGCUGAAGAAGCGUUUGGGUAAAGCCAAGGCGGCGCUGGAGCUGGCCCACCAGGCCCUGGAGGAAGAGAAGCGUCGCACCGUGGAACUCCUCUUCACCAUCUUCCCCGGGAACGUGGCCCAGAGGCUGUGGCAGGGCCUGCCCGUCCAGGCCAAGAAGUUUGACGACGUCACGGUGCUUUUCUCCGACAUCGUGGGCUUCACGGCCAUCUGCUCGCGCUGCACGCCCAUGCAGGUGGUGACGAUGCUGAACGAGCUAUACACUCGUUUUGACCGGCACUGCGGAGACCUGGACGUCUAUAAGGUGGAGACCAUCGGGGACGCGUACUGUGUGGCUGGCGGGCUGCACAGGGAGAGCGACAUUCACGCUGUUCAAAUCGCACUCAUGGCCCUGAAAAUGAUGGAACUGUCUGAUGAGGUCACCACUCCGAUGGGGGAGGUCAUCCGGAUGCGUAUUGGUAUCCAUUCAGGCUCAGUGCUCGCUGGAGUCGUCGGGGUCAAAAUGCCCCGAUACUGUCUCUUCGGUAACAAUGUCACUUUGGCCAACAAGUUUGAGUCCUGCAGCCUUCCAAGGAAAAUCAAUAUAAGCCCCACGACGUACAGGCUGCUGAAAGAUCGGCCGGAGUUUGUCUUCAUUCCGCGGACGAGAGAGGAGCUUCCUCCAAACUUCCCCACAGACAUCCCUGGCGUUUGUUACUUCCUCGAGGCUCGCGAUCAAAGGAAGUGCACUGCUCCCAUAGACUCAGAGCUCAGGGGAGUGGCGGCACUUGGCAACUCUACCUUCAUGGCGGAGCAGACAUAAACACGACUCGGACAACCGCCCCCGCCCCCCCCCAUGCUCAAAGUGCACACGUUAAUUCUUUUCACUGUAUUUUGGGCUGAGUCAGAGGUAGCAGUCCUCCAGCAAUAUCAG